CUGCCUAAUGGACUCACCCUGGAAGUCCCCAUUACGAUUGACUCAGGGAGCAACGCAGACUUCGUGGGGAUGCAGUUCAUCAAGCAGCAUCGCAUAGCGCUACUACCAGCCACGCUGCCUCUGAACGUGGUCACCGUAGAUGGCAGGAAGUUGCUGGGUGGGCAAGUG